AUGCAAAAAGAAAUUUAUUAUACAUUUGACAUUAACAAUAUCAAAGACAAAGAGUUUACAAAAGUUUUCGUAGAUUGCCCAUGGGAAGCAAUUAGAAACCCAACCCCAAUAGAUGAAAGUGAGCAUUUACAAUGGCUAAAAGAUUCAAAUUUAUUCGAUUGUGAUCAAGAUGCAGAAAAUUUUUUCAAAGAUAAAACUUAUAUAAUGAGUUCCUAUAUUAACCCUUUAAAUCCAAAAGAUAAUAUUAUUUGGGUUAUAAGAAUGCACGAUUUCAUUUAUAUUGUAGAUGAUUUUUAUUUUGAAAAAGGUUUAUUAGGAGAAGAAUGGGUAAUCAAUAUGUUUGAUAGGGAUGCACCUCAAGAUAAAAUAGGUAAAACCUUUUGGAAUAUUAUUGAAGGAAUGGAAAAAACAGGAAAUAAAAAAGCAGUAGAGCAGUUGUUACAUGAUACUAAGAUUUGGGCAUUAUCAGUGUUUACUUAUAACAAAUGUAACAUCAACUCGGAAUCAUCAUUCGAAUAUUAUUGCAAGUAUCGUUGCUUGGAUGUCGGAAUGGAUUUUGGUUUAUCGACUGCAAAGGUUUUUGCAGAACCAUUACCAAAAGAAGUUUUAGAAAGCUCAACUUAUAAAAGAAUCAUUUUUGGGUACAACCAAACUCACUCAUUAAUCAAUGAUAUGGUUUCUUUCGAAAGGGAAAGAAAAGAAUCGAAUAGAAUGGCAAAUUAUGUUAUGGUUCAUGCAUAUAAAACUAACUCAGUUCAAGAGUCUAUGUAUCAUUGUAAACAAAUGGUUGAGGGGGUCUUUAAUGAAAUCAAUGUAUUAUGUGAACAACUAAAAAGAGAAUUCCCAGAUGUUAGCAACUUGGAUUUCCAUUUAAAUUUAAUCAAAUUAGUAAUCAGUGGGGAUAAUUAUGUAUCAAAUGAUACAACCUACCCACGUUAUAAUUUAAAUCAUUAA